AUGGACAGUGGUUGUACAAACACCACCAUUUGUAAUGGUGAGCUUAUGCAUGGACUCCGUCAUGCUGAGAAAGAACUUGACAUGCACACUAACGUGGGCAGCAGAGUUCUCGACGAAGAAGGUUUUCUAGGAAGAUUUCCACCUCCAGUUUAUCAUGAUGAAGAUGGAAUUGCCAAUGUACUUGCUAUGCGCGAGAUGAUUGCUGCGGGAUACCGCAUUUCUAUGGAUACUGAUGCUGACAAUGCUUUUAUUGUGCAUUGUGAUGGAAACCAAAAGAUGCGAUUUGUGAAUCGUAAGGGUGUGUAUGUGUUGGAGCAACUUGGAGCAAAUGUCGAACCAGGUGCCAAAGAGACAAGUGUGAUGUACCGUCGCCAGUUAAACAGCUUAAAUAAUCAACCCCAUUUUGAACUUUCUUCAAACAAACAGAAUGGAUAUGCUGAACUCGAGGUGACCUCCAAGAUGGCAACCGUUCGAAAGAACAAGGAAGGAUUCACUCCAAGACAAGUCAAGGCUGCAAUGGAAGCAAGAAGUGCCAUGCACAUACUCAAUGCUCCAAGCACCAAAAGUCUGAAGUAUGCGAUCCGAUCUGGUGUCAUCAAGAACUGUCCUAUCACCGAAGAAGCGAUCAAUCAUGCCGAAGCAAUCUUUGGACCUGACGCCUCUACAUUGAAAGGCAAGUCAACAAGACCAACUCCGAAGAAGACGUACGACGACUUUUUCAGUCCACCAGAGGAAUUAUAUCAGCACAAUCGAUCUAUUACCGUCUGUAUUGAUCACAUGGAGAUCGAGAAUGCUAAGUUUCUCACCUGCAUUGAUACCACUGUGCGUUAUUGCUCAUGUAUUCCUGUGCAGAACCUGAAGACUGACCCUGUAUUUGAAGCAUUGGAUAAAAUAUUCCGCCGCUACAACAAGGCAGGCUUUCAAGUCAAGAUCAUCAAGUGUGAUCGGGCGUUCAUUCCUCUCACGGAUGAUGUGCUAGACGAUAUGGGUGUUACUAUUGACCCGACUGCAGCUGGAGACCACAAGCCUACCGGUGAGCGAAACAAUAGGACGUUGAAAGAAAGAGUCAGAGUAGCUCUUGCACGAUUACCCUACAAAGUGGUUCCAAAAGUGAUCACUGAAUGUCUUGGACGUCGAGCAGCCGAGCUAUUGAAUGUCUUUCCCCAGAAAGACAGUAUCUCAUCACAUUUCAGUCCGCAGCAACUCAUUGAUAAUGUCAAUAUCAACUACAAGAGUGACAUGGUUGCUGAACUUGGACAAUAUGUUCAUGC